CAAAAAAGACACAUUCAAGUUCGCGAUUAAUUCAGAUGUAUCAAUCCUUUCAGUAUUUUAAGUCGUGAUAUUUUGACUAACAGUGGAUAUCAUCCCAAGCGUCGGAAACACAAUGAUUAUUAUUACAACUGAUCACUAAGGCUUCCUUACUUGUCUUAGAAUAGAAAGCACUUAAUAAGAUAAACGAGCUUUUUCUCGUAGAAUAUUCCACGGUAUUGGGAUUGUUUAAUGCGGUGCAUACGAAUGCUAAGUUUGCGUAUUAUGUGGUUGCAAUGCUAACGUUUGGUCUGGUGUCGCAGUUGCGGCUAGCCUUAUAAGAUUUGAAAGAAGAAGAUGGAGACGUAAUUAGCGUCAUCUCAGAACCUCCUUCAAAACCUGAGAUAGAAUAUCUACAAUUCAUAAACAUCGCAGCACGAACCUGCUCUGGAUAUCACGUGACAUCCCCAAUUCUGGUUAAAGAAACAGAAGAAAGUACUGAAAUAGAGGGGCUCGCUCAUCCAAGAAAUUAUCCGAACAGAGUCCCCUAUUGAGAGAAUGGACGCCGCCUGGUUUUUACUGCAUCAAGCUCUUGUAUUUUACGCUCUUUGUGACACGUUGCCUGUCCAAGUCCCAAACAUUACAGCCUACUGCGGCGAGCCCCUAGGCGUGUCUGAUGGUAGAAUACCUGAUUCCUCUUUGACGGCGUACUCGGUAUACAACCACGAAUGGGAUGUUUACGGUGCGCACCGGGCGAGAUUGCAUCAGACAUCCUGGCCCCCCGGGUACCGGGCAGAAAAUUCACCGACAAAAAACAAGUACAAAUCCUGGUUGAAGAUUGACCUUGGGGAGGAGUGGGUGAUUACAGGGAUAGCGACGCAGGGGUAUGGGGACAGUAGUGUGGAGGAAUGGGUCACAAUGUUCGAAUUGAUGUAUGCUACUGAGGCGGACUUUGCUUCGACGAGAGCUAUUGGGGGAAAAAACCGGACGUUUGUUGGCAACAGUGACAGUAAUACGGUGAAGUUUAACCCGAUUCCUCUUCCUGCAAUAGCGUCCUCCGUGACGCUACAACCACAGGCGUGGCACGGCAAUAUCGGGCUACGCGUAGAGCUCUACGGAUGCAAGCCAGGUUUCCGAUUCACAGCUCGAGUUUUGUUGCUCAAAUUUCCCUUCGUUGUGCCGUACCUCGAUGUAAACAGCACACUCUAUCAAGCGCUGGUUGCGGACAUAAGAAAAGAUAUAGAGUUCAUGCUUCGAAACGCUCCUGGCUUCUUAUUGGCUGAAGUGAAGAGGCUAAGACCAAAAAAUGAAAAAGAGGUUCAAUUUUUACAAACAGAAGCAGAGAUUGAAAUACAAUGCAUAGAGAAUACAGCGGAGUACAUCAAGGAGAAACUCAAGUCAGAGAUCGAGAAGGAGGGGAAGGGAGAUACAGGUCUUCUUGAUCCGGCAUACGUCAAGUUUAGCCGCCCUGAAAACAAGGACGACUGUAGAAUUCCGGAAAUCAAGGUUCACCUCGGAAAAACACUGAAUAAUGUUAAGACUAUAUUCACCAUUGACGCUUAUAAUAUCACUGCUGAUGUGAGUAGCAAGUGCAAAACUCAGAUGACAUUGGAAUGGAAAGUGUACCCAGUGUUUACGUCACAAAGGAUUCUUGCUUACCCCAUCUUUUUAUCGAAUGAGAAGAGUCUCAUCAUAAAACCGCACAAGUUACCUCCUUCACUACUAUAUGUACGGUAUACGGAAGAAACUCACCUAGCCUACGACUACGGAUUGAUACGAAUCGCACUACCUCGACUUGUGGCCGAUAUCACUGGAGCCAGCAGAAUCACAAAGGGUAAUGGCACUAUUAUCAUCGAUGGGUCUAAAUCGUAUGAUCCUGAUCCCACAGAAAAGGGGAUGUUAAAAUUCACUUGGUACUGCAAACAAAGAGAAGAGUCAUUCAAGCAACAUAUGAUAUUAAGGAAUGAAAUAGAAAUAUUCACACCUCGAUACUGGACUAUACUUCCUGUGGAUAGCCCUUUCGGGAGGCCGUACAGAGAGCGGGGGUGUUUUGGUUGGGGUCCGGGUCGUCUGUCUUCGGAAUCUUCCCAGCUGAAAGUGGACGUGAAUCGCAUGAAGUCCAAGCGAAGUUACGUCUUUAGACUAGUGAUAACUAAGGGGAAAAGACAGACUUCCAUCGAGCAUGAAUUACAGCUGGACCCCGCAGUUAAUUUCACUGUGAGAUGCUUAAAAAACUGCGCCGUAGGAAGUAAACUCAGUCAAACCAAGCGAAUCUCCUUAACAUCCACCUGCACGGGAAUAAACUGUGCCUUCACGACUAAACAUCGAUGGGUCAUGUUUAAAGAGACGCAAAACCGUAGACACGAAAUGAUCUGGCAAAAAGUCAAGGGAUUCAGUCCCAGAAUGCUAAACAAACAACAGAAUGAUGCUAUCAUCAUAGACAGAUUGUCUGACUUUCAGGAGUUUAGUGUGCGGAACCAGCGUCUGAAAAUACGAGCAAUAGCUCAACUGAGCGUGAAUGGGUACGACAUUGAAGAGGAGAGUGACGUCACUUUUAUACGCAACUCCCCGCCUUAUCACCCUAGAGGCGACAAGGGCUGCAGGAUAACACCGGAAGAAGGGAAAGCUCUGUCCAAGAAGUUUACAAUUGAGUGCAAAGGCUGGGAAGACGAGGAUGGUGUGGCGAAGUACGAGUACCGAUACCAGAGAGCUAAUAGUGUGGUUAUUAUAGCAUAUGGUGAGAUGAACAGAACAGAGACUAGGCUGCCCCUUGGGGAUAUCUCAGAGGAGUUCUGGAUUCCGAUAGAAGUGAGAGUCUUCGAUACCAUGGAGGAUUUUACCAGCGUUAAGCUGGGGGCAAAGGUUGGCUCUAUACUGUACCAGGAUGUAUCAAAACAAAUGCACGAGAUUGCAGCGAAGCAGGACGACAUCUUUUCUCAGUACUUGAACCAAAACAAAAGUAAACACGCCGCCGAGAUGGCCAUAGCUCUCCUGUCCCUUAUAGACAAGUCAGGCGAGGGAACGAAAAACAAGGACUCUACCAAGAUGAACGCGAAAAAGAACGCAGAGCUUCUUCGUAGAAGACUCGCAGUUUCUCCAGAAACGGCUUCUAAGUUGAAGGACUCAAUCAUUGAUCAGAUGGAGGACAUGCCAAUUGACAGCUUACAACACGUGACACAAAUCGUCUCUUUGGUAAACCUCGCAACGGGACAGAAGGAGGAGUUGUCACUCAUCACACAGGAAAAAUCCCUUGAUAUGCUAACACGUGCCAUGGACUACAUGAGGUCACGAAUGGGUAACGACACUCUUACGGAACUGGAGCAGAACAUAGCCAACUCAUUCCUUACCAGUAUGAGCAAUCUUCUGACCGUGCUUUCCGACGGCGCGCUCAUGUUCGCUAAGGGGCCCAAGUACAGCAUUCAGCAGCUACGCAAGAGCAAAGAACUGACAAAGAAAGCCGUCCUGCAAUUAAGGAAACUCGGCAACAGCAUCUUGCGCACCAAGGUGUUAGACGAGGACCCUAGCGUGUACAGCUCGCGGUCGAUCUCACUCAUCCUAUCCAAGAACUCCCCUUCCUCGCUCGAGGGCAUGUCCGGACGCGCCCUCAAGACGUCCAAUAACGAGGUGAACUUUCCUGCGCUUGGGGGCGUCAUGGAAAUGCAAAACAUCAGUCGGACGGAUACUCUUCAGUCAAAGAUAAUAAUGUUCGCAGAGAACCCGUUCACCUGGCACAAAAGUAACUUGCUUGUGAAAUCUUGGGCUAUUGAUAUCAGCUUGUACACGGGAUUAGGGAAAUAUAUGUCGGUGAACAAUCUCACAAAGCCUGUUGGGAUAUUCAUCCCUGAAGACACGCCUUACCGGAAAAGUCUUACAGAACAUUACUUCAUCAAACCAACACACAACAUAUCGGCGAUAGAGAACAUUCGUUACCACCGCUUCAAUAUUCCAAACUCACACUCUACAGUCUCAAUCAAGUUGUUUCCUUCCCGUGGGAAGAGACUUGAAGUGUUCAUCGGUGCGAGGGAAAGGCCGUUACCUUGGAAUAGUAACUACAGCACAAUCAUUCCCGAUAGAUCCAAGUGCGCAAGAACCAGCGCGGGCUUAUUCAACUGCAGGAAGGAUGCUUACGAAGUGCAGCUUAGCAGCAACUUGACUGGCUUUAUCGGGGUUCACUUUAUUGGGAUUAGAUACUUCGUGCAGAGUCGCGGCCGUGGCCGGCGGUCCUUGUGCGGAGAGGGGAAAAGACACCGGCGGUCGAUAUGUAUAGGUGUUAAAGAGAAGCCAACUAUGCCAGUACCGACAAAAGUUAUCCGACCACGCUACAACGCCACAACCGACGUCAAUUACAACCUGUCAAUAUCCCUCUCAUCAUGCAUGUACUGGUCAGAGCGGGAGGAUCGCUGGACACAGAACGGCUGUAAGCCUGGCCCUCUUUCCGAACAAGGGAAGGUCCACUGUCUUUGUAAUCAUCUCUCUUCAUUUGGUGGCGACUUCUUCGUGGAGCCCAACCCAAUCGACUUCGACAAGGUCUACCUGGCACUGGUCAAUCCAAAGGUGGAGGAUUUCGUUGUCAUGACGACAGUUAUUGGGAUUUUGAUCCUAUAUCUUAUCACGCUGCUGUUCGCUAGGAGGGCUGACAAGAAGGACGAAAUAAAGAGCGUUCCUAAUGUGUUUCUAUCUGACCGGGGAGACUUCCUGUACAAGAUCUCUGUCUUCACUGGGAUGUGGAAAGGCAGCGGAACCACAGCGAACGUCGGCUUGGUGAUGUACGGUGAGAGUUCCUAUACGGACACCAUAUCCCUCAACGACACAACUAUCAACAAAACCUUCUUCGCACGGGGUAGUACAAACACGUUUUACCUCUACUUGCCAAAAAACCUCGGACCCGUCUACAAAAUCCGCAUUUGGCAUGAUAACGAGGGACGUAAUCCCGCCUGGUUCCUAAGAGAAGUAACAAUAACGGACGUUAGUAAAAAUAUGCAGUGGCACUUCUUGUGCAACAAAUGGCUUGCGCUGGAGAAAGGGGAUGGUGAGAUCGAAACAGAGAUCAGCGCGGCUGAGAAGAAGGAAAUCCAGAGCUUUAAGAACGUAUUUCACUCGCGGGUGUCCCGCAGUUUGGCGGAUAGUCAUUUAUGGGCAUCGGUAUUCAUGCGUCCACCGCAAACCGUCUUCACUCGCGUCCAACGGCUUUCUUGCUGCCUGUCAAUCUUAUUUGCCACCAUGGUUACCAACGCAAUGUUUUAUCAAUUCGGAACCAAGCCUCUUCACACAUUCCAGAUUGGGCCGCUAAAGGUCAGCUGGAUGCAGGUCAGAAUCGGGCUUCAAAGCGCACUUAUUGCAAUCCCCGUCAAUGCUGUUGUAGUAACAAUAUUCAGAAAUGUCCGGCCGAGUGAGGACUCAGACAACUCGGUGAGCACGAGAGAGGGAGUGGUGUCUGAGCGAAGGCGUGGUCUUCCACAUGGCUUCGUCUACCUUGGAUGGUUGUUGUGUCUCAGCUGCGCGAUAGGGUCAGCGGUUGUCACAGUUCUCUACAGCCUUUCCUGGGGUGGGGAAACGGCCAACGAGUGGCUGACGUCAAUCAUGGUAUCUUUCUUCCAAGACGUGCUUGUAACGCAGCCAAUCAAAGUCGUUCUCCUUGCUUCUCUUCUGGCGCUUAUCUUAAAGAAACCCCCGAAGCCUGAUGACGUUCAUGGUUCCCCUCACUGGAAGAAUCGGCUCAGGGAUAAGAAGUGUCUGCCGCCAGCGGGUGACAAGUUGGAGCGUGCGCGGCUCGUAAAUCAGCAGCUACUUAAGACAGUCAAGGUCAUUCUAGAGAUUCUGACGUAUGUCAUCUUUGCUACGUUGCUAUUCAUAGUCUGCUAUGGCAACAGAAAGGAGGCCAGGUUUCACAUGAAGGACGAGCUGUCGAAACUCUUCGGGAACUUUGAGUCGAUUAAAGAUGUUCCUAGCUUUUGGAAGUGGACAGACAGCGAGCUGCUUCCAGGUCUGUACAAUGUGCAGUGGUACAAUGGCGAAGAGUUCGCAUACAAGGAAGGCUUUCUCAAGAACAGGGAGAACUUCUUGGUGGGAAUGCCAAGACUAAGGCAGCUUCGUAUAAAGCAAGCCGAAUCGUGCGUGGCUGCCGAGGAAAGUCCUCUAAUAAUGCGCAACAUUUCCCGCUGCAUCCCCCAGUACUCGCCCAGCGUCGAAGAGGUAGCACCCUACCACACAAUUGACUGGACACCCGUCUACAACAUAUCUAGCUUUGAGUCAUCCUUUGAACUGUCGGAAAUAUGCCCGCGUCCGUGGCGCUACCAGAGUCCGCGAGACCUCAAUACCAUGCCUUACAGCGGUUUCUACACGAGUUACAGCGGCGGUGGUUUUGUCGCAGAUCUGGGGUAUAACAUGAAGUCGGCAAAUGCCGCUAUCAGCGCGUUAAGAGAACACAACUGGAUUGAUAACAGAACGUCUGCAGUGUUUGUUGAAUUUACUGUAUUUGAGCCUGUCAGUCUGUUAAUAACCGCUGUGAAGCUACUUUAUGAGAGGCUACCGACAGGCGGCGUGCGGUGUACCACAAGGAUCGAAGCUUUGACCGUUUACACAGCUUCGGAUCCAGGGUUCCGACCACUGUAUCAGACGUCACAGCUCCUGUUUAUCGGCGUCGUAGUGUUUUUGUCUGUUUGUGAAUGCGUUAAGGCAUAUAAAAGAGGCUGCUCGUACUUCUGUCGAUUUUGGAGUUGGAUGGACAUAAUUCUAAUGUGCAGUUCUUUGCUUGCGAUGGGAACACUGUUUUUCAAAGAGAAAUACGUCAGUGAGUUUAUUCGAGGAGUUCAGGAAAACCCAUUCAAAACAACAAGCACAGACUUUAUAGUGUUAUGGUCACAACUAGAGGUUUACCUUUUGGCCUUCGUAAUCUUUGUUGUUACAAUAAAGUUCCUAAGACUGAUCAGAUUCAACUCCCACAUUGGGCAACUCAUGGGAACAUUGAGGACAUCAUUCGAUAACUUGGUGUCUUUCUAUAUUGUGCUGGGGGUCAUACUGGCUGCAUUCUCCGAGGUCGGAAUGCUUGUGUUUGGUCGGAACCUUGAAGCAUUCUCGACGUUUUUGGGCGCAACAAGCGUGAUCCUUCAAAAACUUCUUGGGACUUCAAUGCAGAUGAAGAAAGUUCAGAGUAUAAACCCUUUGCUUGGCUGCUUAUACGUCUUCGCUUAUUCGUUAGCAGUAGCGUUAAUCUUGCUAAACGUUUUCCUUAGCAUCCUGAACACGGCGUAUAAGGAGACAAGGGAAUCUGGGAAAGCCAAGCGUAAAGUUAAAAUCCACAUUCGCAAAUACAUCAAAGAUUCCUUUAAACGCUGGUACAGAGAAUUCAGGGAAGACUUUAAAGGGUUGAUGUCGAAGCUGAAAUUCCCUCAAAAGAAAAGCUUCCGUUUCCAACAGUCAAUGAAAAUGCGCAUUGAUGGCAAACAAUUCAUGGGUAAUUAUAAGGGAAAUGAGCGAACGGCAGCGGAGGAAAGGAGACUAAUGAGCCCUGUUUCCCAUCAUUCCGUUCGAAGUCAUGCUAGUAUUGAAGAUAACGCUUCCAUUGCUUCUGGACCACUGGAUUUCAUGUCAGAAUCACAGAUCGUUGUGCCAGAGGACUUAUAUGAAUUCGAGCCUUGCUUUGAGAGAGUUGAAGAGAUGGCAGUGACUCCAGGGGGUGACGGUGUUCCACUUGCGUCAUUUGACGAAGAGGAUGACAUAUGUUCCUUUAUAGAUGACCUUAUCACUCUUGACGACAUCAGAGCGUCUCUUAUUCAAAUCGAGCGCGAUCUCAUCCGUGCUACUAACCGUGACGAAGAUGACAUUUUCCGAUCGGAAGAAAUGAUUUCACCAACCACGACCCAUGUCAGCUUGGAAACCUUCGCCUUCGGGAGUCUAUAUUCCAUCUCCCUUUCUAUGAAGGAUGAAGAGCAUCCGGAAUACCACGAGGAGGAAAAUGGGGAUCCUGAAUUUGAGGACUACAGUGGGGAGGAGUACGGGAUCGAUGAUGAGGGGGAUGAGGAUGAUAUGAAUAUGUACGAGUCGAAAUCUCCCGUAAACUCGAACUUCGGAAGUAUGACCAUUUCUAUUCAGGGGGAGGAAAUUCCUGAAGACUUAAUACCAAAAUCAUACAAUGAAUUAUACCUUGUACCUCCUCUACCCAAAUGGUAAUACGACGUAACGCAGAGCAAGCAAUCCAGGGGCCCUAACCACGCAUGCGUUCUAAUGUCAAACGUCCUCCUUGCGAAUAACAAAAAUAGCCAUUCCUUAAGGACAGCGCGGUUGAUUGCAGAACCCAGCUGAACGAAUUGUUUCCCCCUGAAUCCGGACCUGCUCCACAGCUCGGCAUCUCUAUGACCGAAUGGUUAUCAUAUAUAUUGUUCCCCACAGUGACUUGUCAUCUGCCAGCCAUGGCGUUCUGUUCGGGAUACCUGUGUUUGGCCGUGAGGUACUAUGGGCUGGGAAGGGCCAGCCCAGAGAACGGGAAAUGGUUUCCUGUGAAAAAACCCGAUCAGAUCGUCUGAAACUAGGCUAAAGGUGCCACUAACAAAAUUAUCAAAGGUUUAUACAAAGAUGGUUCAGAAGUACAUCCAAGGUCUAAAUAUACACCUAUUUCAAAAAAGGUUGUCAGUGCAAAUGGCGAAUGGCAAAUAGUAGAUGGCAGUUCUAAGCCCGAACGGUGCUUCUGGGUACUAAUCAUUCGUAAAAUUAAAGGUGUUAAAUAAAGUCUAGCAAUGUCAGAGACAUACAUUGAUUAUCUUUAAUGGAUAAUUGUUUGAUUUAUCCAUAUUCUUCAGCAUUUAGUAGAAAUCUAAUGAGACCAAUGGUUCCUUUCGGUCCUAGAACUGCCAUUUGCCAAUCGCCAUUUGCCGUUUCGCACUGACAACGUUUUUUGAAAUAGGUAUGUAUUUUCUGUUAUACAAUGAGCAGAUGUGCCUCAAGCAAGAACCUUGUUUCAGGCCUCCGAACAAACAUAAUCAACACUUUAGCAGAUGUCUUGGGAUUCGCUUAAAGGGUAUUUAUAACGAAAAAAUGCAUGUAAAAACAUCCGUACGCAGUCGCGUAAAUUAAACGUACGCAACGCGUAGAUGAGAAAUUGUAUUACCCUUCCAUUACGCUUAGCGUACCUUUGAUUAAUAUCAGAAAAUUCUUCUCGAUAUAAUCUUAUGAGAAGUAUGAGCGUUUACACCUGCCCUGUGCAGCAGUCUAGCCCGCGUAGCAAUCGUUUCCUUGGAUCUCAGCGGCUUGCUUGACCGAGCGUCUUCACGCAGUAAGCUCGGUACAAACACUUCGUUUAAGCUAUUGCUACACAGGCUAACACUAUAAAAUCAAUCUUGAUCGAAAUCCCUGUGCUGUAAAGAGCGUUAGAAACAGCCGGAACUGCGGGCACAGCCGACUGCCCAAAAGGACAAAGGAUAUCUUGGUGAACUACCUCCCACAUGGUGUACAAACGGCGCGGGACGGAGAUGAUUUUCAGGCGCGUACAGGAGAGUCCGCCCAACUACGCGUCUGAAUAACAGGCUAUAGAAAUAUUGUCUGUAUUUUGGACAGGAUAUCAGAGUGAAUUUUGCGAAAUGAAACGGUCUAGUAUCUGUGAUUGAUAUAUUCACAUAGUCACAGUAUUGGUCAACCACUCAUUGUAUAUCAUCAAGCUAUUCUAUAAUAAAUGUAUACAUUUUUGUA